UUUUUUUUUUUUUCUUCUCUUUUCAUAUUAUAGAAACAUGACUACUUACCCACUUGUUGAAAUUAAACCUGCCGCCGUACAAGAUGUACCACUUAUUCUCAACUUUAUUCGUCAAUUAGCCCAAUAUGAAAAGUUAGCACAUGAAGUAGUAGCUACUGAAGCACUUUUGGAACAACACUUAUUUGGACCACAACCCAAAGCUGAAGUGAUCCUUGCCUAUUGUCAAAGGACUCAAGACGAUGAUAAAGUACCUGUUGGUUUUGCUCUCUUCUUCCAUAACUUUAGUACAUUCUUGGGUCGUCCAGGACUCUAUUUGGAAGAUCUAUUUGUGAAUCCUGAUUACCGUGGUCUUGGUCUAGGCAAGAAACUAUUGAUUCAACUAGCUGUUAUUGCAAAGGAACGAGACUGUGGAAGAUAUGAAUGGGUAGUGUUGGAUUGGAAUACUCCAUCACGCAAGUUUUAUGAAAGUUUAGGUGCUGAAACUCAUGCAGAAUGGAUCAUUCAUCGUGUUGAAGGUCAGUCUUUAGAUAAUCUCGCCUCCAUGUAAUUUGAUAAUUUUAAUUAUUAUAGUGUAGAAUUAUUAUAUUUAUUAUUGUAUAGAAAUAAAUAAAAAAAAAUAACCAUUUUAUAUUA